AUGAAUCCUCUAAAGUAUGUCAUGUCAAAACCCGUUUUAUCCGACAGACUCGCAAGGUGGUACCUGCAAUUGCAACAAUUUGACAUAACAUAUAUUCCACAAAAGAUUGUGAAAGGACAAGUUCUAGCCGAUUUCUUGGCGGAUCACCCUAUCCCUGCAGAGUGGGAGCUAUCCGACGAUUUACCCGAUGAAGAUGUUCUUGUGAUUGAAUUUAGUCCUCACUGGAAGAUGUACUUUGAUGGAGCUUCUCACAGAGAAGGAGCGGGCAUAGGAGUAGUAUUCGUCACAUCGAACGGCGAAGUGUCGCCUCACUCUUUUACCUUAACACAAAAUUUCUCUAACAAUGUUGUUGAAUAUCAAGCUCUUAUCCUUGGGCUAGAAAUGGCAGUUGAUAUAAAGCAACUAAAUUUGGAGGUAUAUGGAGACUCCAAGUUGGUGAUCAAUCAAAUACUCGGAUCAUACGAAGUAAAGAAGCUCGAUUUACUCCCUUAUGUGGAUUAUGCUAAAAGACCUAUCGGAUACCUUGGUGAUGUAACGAUAGAGCAUGUGCCAAGAAAGGAUAACAAUCAAGCGGAUGCAUUGGCAAAACUUGCUUCUACUUUAGCCAUGCCCGAAGACGGAGCUCGUAUACCAAUUUUCAAGAGGUGGGUCGUACCACCAAUCUUUGAACAUGAAGAAAUUGAAGAAGACGAAACUCGAGUGGUUUACGUGUUUGAAAUCGAGAAAGAAGAUUGGCGUCAAUCAUUUGUGUAUUACUUGAAGUACGAAAAGUUGCCUAAUGAUCCACGUGAUGACGAAGCCGUUCAAGCCAUAGAAGAAGCUCAAUCCAGAAUUUGCGGCGCCCAUCAGUCAGGACCCAAAUUACAUUUCCGAAUAAAAAGAAUGGGUUAUUAUUGGCCAUCUAUGGUAAAGGAUUGCAUGGAGUAUGCCAAAAAAUGUCAACCUUGUCAAUUUCAUGCAAACUUUAUUCAUCAACCGCCGGAGCCAUUACACCCAACUGUUGCCUCAUGGCCCUUUGAUGCUUGGGGUUUGGAUGUGGUUAGACCUAAAACAAAGUCUUCUGCUGGACAUCUCUAUAUCUUGGCAGCAACAGACUACUUUUCCAAAUGGGCUGAAGCAGUGCCUCUUCGAGAAGUAAAGAAGAAGAAUGUUACCGAUUUCAUCCGCAUCAACAUCAUCUACCGUUACGGAGUUCCUCGAUAUGUGAUUACAGACAACGGAAAGCCAUUAUGCAAUGGUGUGAUCGAUAAACUUUGUGAAAAGUUUGGCUUCAAGCAUAGAAAGUGUUCAAUGUACAACGCUGCCGCCAAUGGACUCGCUGAGGCCUUCAAUAAGACUUUAUGUAAUUUGCUGAAGAAAGUGAUCGCCAAGUCAAAACGCGAUUAG